CAGGCCUUCCUUCCCACUUCCCAGUUCCCACCAUAAAAUGAAACCGUUUCUUCUUUUCCUUCUCUGCAAUUUCUAUAUUCCUUCUCCUUCAAACACUCCAUAGCGAUGUCGCUUUGCGAUCCCGUAGAAGAUCAAACUCCCAAAUUAACCUCCGCCGGCGAAGGGCCGGAAAAAGACGGCGGCGAUAACGGCCCGACCUUGAGGCCCAUGGAUCUCUCGGACGCGGAAGAGUACUACCUGGAAUGCUUAUCAGACGAAAAGGUAAGCAAAUUCUGCUCCUGGGACACUUUCAGAUCCAAGGAAUCCGUCGAACGGUACAUCUGCAGCAACAUAUUAACGCACCGGUGGUUCCGAGCGAUCUGCGUCGACGGGAAGGUUGCCGGUUCAAUCUCGGUGUCGCAAUUUACAGGGGACGAAAGGUGCAGGGCCGAGAUCGGGUAUGUGCUGGGUUCCAAGUAUUGGGGGAAGGGAAUCGGAACGAAGGCGGUGAAGAUGGCGGCGGCGUCGGUGUUCGUGGAGUGGCCGGAGCUGGAAAGGCUGGAGGCGCUUGUUGACGUCGACAAUUUUGGAUCGCAGAGGGUUUUGGAGAAGGUUGGGUUCAAAAGGGAAGGAGUUUUGAGGAGGUAUUAUCUUCUCAAAGGGAAGCCGAGAGAUGCGGUCGUGUUCAGCCUUAUUUCUACUGAUCCUGACGUUACCUUUUGUAUGUAAAGCUUUCAAAAUUUUCAUGAAGUUGUGAUUCAGGAAGCCAUAGUCAUAUGGGCAUAUGAUAAUUCCAUAAACAGGAUUACAAUAAUAAUAAAAUUCAUCAGGAUUAUUAUAGUUUUAUGCUUAAAAUAUGACCUUUUCC